AUGUUUGUUAUUCACUCAGGUAUUACUAUAAGCAUGGGUGUACUAUUUCUUAUCACGACUAGCUAUAUAUUGUAUAAACUGAUCAAGAAAAUCAUAGAGAAGAGACGACGAAAGAAGUUUUUUAAACGCAAUGGUGGUUUACUCUUAAAUCAACAAGAAGAAGCUAACCCCUCUUUGGUUGAUAAAACCAUAAUUUUCACAUCACGUGAGUUGGAAAAAGCCACAGAUAACUUUAAUGAUAACAGAAUUCUGGGACGAGGAGGCCAAGGUACAGUUUAUAAAGGGAUGUUAGUGGAUGGAAGGAUUGUGGCAGUUAAGAAAUCAAAAGUAAUUGAUGAAAGCCAAUUAGAGCAGUUCAUCAAUGAGGUAGUUAUUCUUUCCCAAGUCAAUCACAGGAAUGUGGUCAAACUAUUGGGAUGUUGCCUAGAGACAGAUGUUCCUUUGCUAGUUUCAGAAUUCAUUCCAAAUGGUACUUUGUAUGAUUGUCUUCACAACGAGACCAACGAGUUCCGAAUUUCUUUGAACAUGAGAUUACAAAUAGGCACAGAAGUUGCAGGAGCACUUGCUUACUUGCAUUCAGCAACUUCCAUUCCUAUUUACCACAGGGAUAUCAAAACUACUAAUGUACUUUUGGAUGAUAAAUACAGGGCCAAAGUUUCUGACUUUGGAACUUCAAGGUUUGUAGCAAUUGAUCAAACUCAUUUGACUACCUUAGUUAAAGGUACAUUUGGUUACCUAGAUCCCGAGUAUUUCCAAUCUAGCCAAUUCACAGAAAAGAGUGAUGUUUAUAGCUUUGGAGUUGUUUUGGUUGAACUCUUGACCGGUGAAAAGCCAAUUUCCCUAACUAGAUUUGGUGAACAUAGAAGUCUAGCUACGCACUUUUUGCUGGCUAUGGAAGAAGGACGCGUUAUGUCUAUUUUUGAUUCAAUGGUGAUUAAAGAGGGUACAAGAGAUGAACUUCUGGUAGUGGCCAACCUUGCAAUGCGAUGCUUGAAUCUGAAUGGAAAGAAUAGACCAACUAUGAAAGAAGUAGCUAUAGAGUUAGAAACUAUAAGAACGUCUCACGUACCCUCUGUGGUUCAAACUAGCAUCAGACCGCUGAUGUGUGGGGAUGCAUUAACAUAUGGUGAAUCAUCUUCAACGUUCUUGAGUUUCAAUGAUGGUAUUAGUCAAUGAUGGAAAAAGUUCGGUCAUGUUCAUUGGUAAAUAAAUUCAUGUUGUAUGUCAUACAACAUAUUAUGUA